CCAGUAUCAAAGAAACUGAGAUGUCACACUACACACCAAAGACUCAAGAUUCGCCAAUGCAUUUUGCCUCCAGCGACAUCAAUCCCUUUGCUCACCAAUGGCAAGAAGAAGAGCCAAACCAAAGCUGCUACAAGAACCAGGUGUUUGGAAGUGCCGCUGACAUUUCUUGUAAAUCACCGCUGCUGGAUUCCACUACCAAACGUAUCAUUAGAUGCUGCAGUGUUGACAAUGGUUUAAACGUGCAGAACUCUCCUUUCAACUCCCACCUGAGCACUUACGCCAACAACAAGGGACUAUCCAGCACUCUGAGCAGCAUGGAGGAAGAUUUCAAAGAUCAAACAUCCCUCAACGCCCAUCUGAAAGAACGUACUAACCAAGUCUCCGGUGCUGACGAUCACAAUCAACAAAUGACCCUGACCAUGAGCUGUAACUCAUCUUCUUGCUACAAUGUAUCUGGAGAUCUUGGCAACAGCACUGGCCAAGUGGAUGAGAUCAUGUUGGUUUAUGACUCUUCAGAGCGGGCGUUUCAGGGUAACGGGUUUCAGAGAUCUAAAACAAACACCAGAUGUGACCAGAGCACCCAGACAACCUUCACUCAAGAAACCACGACUCAGACAACAAUCAACCAUGGUGAUCUACAGAGGAGAAACAACCAUCACAGAAAGAGCAGCACUCAGGUACCAGUGUCGCAGAAGACCACAGAGGCCUGUAGAGAGACCACCACAUGGGACAGCCUUCAGAACAUGUCUGAGCAUCUUUCACAGCUGAUAGUAAACACGUCUGAUCUUCUGGGGAAUGUUCACGGUAUGAGGUCUGGCGAUAGCCUCAAACAUAGCCUGAUAAGAAAUGUUAAAUCUUCAUCUCAUCUGUACUCCUCCAUAGAUUGGAGGAAGAGAGACUGCUCAACCAAAACUGCAGUAGAUAUUGGGAUCCAGACCGAAAGGACUUUAACACCCGUACAAGACAAACUGUCUAUCCACCAAAGUCUGUCCACGGAGAGGUCCAAAGCCCAUGAAGUUAAUGUGAUAGUCAAAGUGAUUGGCUCAGAAGUUCUCAAUGUGUCACAAGACAAAGGGCUUCCCCUUCAACAUCAACUCAAGAAAAACCUGGAUGAUAAUAUUCAGAGCAUGCCUGACCUGCGACUCAAUGGCUCCACUGUUAACCAAAGAUCUAUCUUGGAACCAGAGAGUCUCCCGCACAAAGUCCCUUCCCUGGAGACUGUCCAACGUCACAAUCAUUCAAAUCCUGCCAUUCGUCAUAGAAGCAAUGAGGACCGCAAUCCCGAAAGAGUAUCCUCCUCCAAAAUCUUGGGAGUAUCUGAAGUCUGCCAUAAUUUGUCAGAAAUACUCAGACCAGAAAGCCAUAAUAUCUUGAGAAGGAGUGACCCGGGAAUAGGCUAUAGAAAACAAGUGAGCUUCACAGACCGUGCAUGCUCACCCAUUCUCACUGUGGGUCCCAGGGCUGGUUCCAACCAGAGCAGAAUAAAGUAUUUACAGAGUCUCAAAGAAGAACAGAAGUUUGAGAUGCAAAAUAGAUGUAAAGACCACCUUUCGGACCAGUCAACACCUUGUUUAAGUUACAGCGGACACAAAACAUGCAUGUCUUUCAUACAGAAUGAUAAGAUAUCAGGACAUGACUCCCUUCAUCUGUGUGAGAAGCCAGGUGAUAACUCCACCACAAAAUCAAUGGGAUUGAUAUUCCUUGAGAAUGUGAGUGCCCUCAGCCAUUCAAGCCCAAAAGGGUCUGAUGGAUGCUCAGAAAGUCUUAGUUCGUCCAUCGACAAUUACAUCCACAAUGGAACCAGCGUUGUCAUCCACGACGAAGAAAGGGAAAUGAGCGUAUGGCACAAAACCGGCCAACGUCCAAUAUGGUCCUUUCCUUCUGUUCUAAGCAAUAGCAGAGUCGCUAUGCAGAACCACACCUCUCUCGUCUUUAGUCAGACUGGUGAGUCCAAACAGGAGGAGAAAUCCUUCUCUACUUUUGGAGAUCAACUAAGCUACAGAAGACAUUCAAUAGAUUCCCACAACAGUAGAUCAUCAGAGCGUCCAGUGGAGCACGUCACUGGUGCUUAUGAACAUUCCCCUGUCAGUGACAGCACCAUCCAUGUUCAGGAGGAUGACAUGGUGGCGUUGGCCCCAAGCGAGUGCAACACAGACAUUCUCGUGAACACCAACCCAGUCACCCACACUCCCAACUUCCAACACUCCCCACAUCAGCUAGAUCACCAGCGGCUCCCUGAGGACCUACCUGUGCACAACAAGUUCACCAACUGGUCUGGUAUCAGUCAGCAUCCCUCUGAGAUAGGACGGACUAAUAGUUUAAUGAAACCAGCCGUGUAUCUACCUACUGGUCAUGAAGCACAGAGGAACCAGCCAGAGUGGGCUGAGCUGGAGAGCCAGGAGUCAAAGUCCAGCUUGAGUCCAGAGUCCAUGUUCCAUAAGGACAAGAAGACAAGAGAGAUAGAGAGGCUACGUAAGGAGCGAGAGCAGGUCAUGGCUACGGUCCAACUGAACAUGAACCCUCAUCAUCUGACCGUGGAGCUGACUGAAGCCAAGCUGCACUACGGUCUGGGAGAGACGGACACGUUGUUAAAGAUGCUGACAUCUGGAGGAACCAAGGAGGAGGAACCGUCCCCUGUCCCCACCAAACAGCAGCUCUAUGACCAGCACCGGAGGAGCAUUGAGAGUUUGAGAAAGGACAGAGAAGCUCAGCUUCAGACCUGCCGUAGGGCUCGCAGCCUCAGCCCCAGCAAGCACCACUUCACCCAGUACCCUCAUCAACCCAGAUCCCCUCCUCAAAAAGACUCCAGAGUUUCAGCCCUGCCCAGUCGUUGCAGAGGCUACCUUCAACAGCUCUGUCAGGAGGUAGUGGCGAGCAGGAUGAUCCCAGAUCCAUCCAGAGGAGAGGGUGAAUAUCUCCCUGAGAUAGAGCAUCUUCUGCGUGACUACGGCCGUGCCCGUGAGGAGGCCAUGACAGAGAUAUCCCGUGCACGGGAACGGCUCCGCGAGAGGACAGAGCAGGAGAAAAGACGGCUCCAGCAACAGACUCUGUCUCAGAUGGUCAAGGAUGACUUGCGGUAUCGGACCAGAGUCAGCAGCAGUACACUGUACACUGGGUCGAGUCUGAGCCUAUCCUCUGGACCAACCUCAGGCUACAACAGUGGCAACACAGCUCAGCUGAAGGACGGCAGUAGACCCUCACUGACACAGGAGGUCACUGAGGUCCUGGGUGAUGGGCUGAAGGUCAGGUCUCGCCCUCCCAUCUGUGGUUCUCAGAGUGUGAAGACCCAGCGUGCCUGGCUCUCUGCCCAGGAUGUACGUCUGGAGCCUGGUGUGUCAGGGUAUGACCCUCUGAUGUCAUCCUCACCGUCAUCUCCUACGAACCUACGACAGCGCACCGCCUCCUUUGGCUCCGCCUCGUCCAUAUCGACAGCCUAUCAGGACUUCACUUCCUGUCUGCUUGGUCGAGCUAUGGCUGAGGUGCGCUUGGCUGCAGCUGGUGACAUGGGGAACCUGGUGAUGGGGAAAGCUGCAGCUGGUUGGAGGUACCAGGGCGUGGAGCGAGGUGUCCAGGCCUUCUACAAGCCCUCCUCCAGCCCAUCUGUGCACUGUUUCCUUGGGGCAGUGGAGCUGGAGAGGCCCCUGGCCAGCCUGUGGAGCAUGGUCCGAGACCACUCCAAGACCCACCUGUACCAUGAGGCUGUCCGGUCCGCCUGGACACGACCACUAGAUGACAGCACUCAGUUGGUCUACCUGCUGACAGACCCGUCCAGCUGCCACCUCAAACAGCCCAGAGACUUCUGCUGCAUCAGCACCCAGUCACAACAGGAUGAGCUGUGUGUGCUGGCCAUGCAGUCAGUCUUCGAGGAGUCUCUCCCUCGGCCCAGUGUAGAGGCUGUCCGAGGGGAGAUGUUGCCUAGCGCCUGGGUCCUUCAGCCAAUCACACGCCACGUCCGAGAGGUCGUCAGGGUCAUCUACCUACUGCAGGUGGACCUGGGCACUCCAUCCCUUCCUCAGAGACUGUUGGGAUCAAUGGCUAGGAGACAGGCAUCCGUCCUGGCUGAGCUCGACACCAUUUUCUCUUUGUGAGACUGACAGCAGGGUCAUUAGGCACCAAAAGGAAGAAAACAGACUGAAACAAGGAGGGAGUACCUGGACUUUUCCAAUAAGAAAUGCACAUUUUCUUUUUCCGUUGCAAAACAUGUUGCUACAAUGUGCCACAAUGAACAUGACCCAGAUCAGCUGUCCAAUUAGAACACAGAUUUCAUCUCCCAUUGCAAAAUGUUUUGCUACGGUGUGCCCUAAAGAACACGCCCCCAGGUUAAUGGUCACACACGUAGCAGUGAGCACUUAGACAUACUUCCUGAAUCUGAUAUGGGACCUGUCUCUAUUGUAAUUUGCAAUUUAUUUACUUGAUUGUAUUCUUAUGAAGAGCACUGAUGACAUUGAUUUUGUGAUACUAAGUAUCAUGCAGCUUGUUUAUAUCGAAACAUAACUGUGUGUUUUGUGUUAAAAUGUUUAAUUGAAGACCUGUGUUUGAUAUGUAUGCUUAUACCAAUCUUUUAAGUAUAUUGCCAAAGUUUGAGUGGUCUAGACUGGCUGUCAGGGAGGGUUGAGGGUGUGGCUCCUAUAUUUGACCCAUCCAACACAUCUUACUGUGUCACUGCAACUGCUGACCAGAGUAACACCAGGCCCUAAAUGUUUACAAUUCCACAUAUUUUUCAUAAUAACACUGAUUUAUAUCAAAUGCAAAAUGAUCAUUAGUCUCCUGUUGCCCAUUGCUAUAUUUAAUCUAUCUGUACACCUCAGUUGUACUACUUCCCUAAUUACUGAUUUAUGAUACAAAGUGAUCAUUUGUCUCCCAUUUCACUGUCCUCCCAGCCUAAGAACUAACCACUUUUAUAAUGACCACUUAGUGACAUAAUUGUUUUCUCCAGCAUCCUGUGUUAACGUCCCAAGGCACAGCACACUUUACCAAACUCACUACCCAACCUUUAAAAAGCCAUAUUAUGUGUUUUGUUGACUGUUCAGGACAUUAUUUUUCUGUAGUUGUAGUACUGCAGUGUCACAGUAAGAUGGUCCCCAGGGGAACCAAAUAAGAAGGAACUGAUAUGAAGGAUAUUAACUCAGCAAAAAAAGAAACGUCCCUUUUUCAGGACGCUGUCUAUCAAAGAUAAUUCGUAAAAAUCCAAAUAACUUCACAGA